CUUGGGUUCCUCCCUUAUAGUCACAUGAUAUUCAUAGUCUGCCCUACCUCUUGCAGUCGUCUUGAACACGUCGCGUCCUCCUGUAAAACUUCUGAAUGAGCUAUUGAUCAUCAGUCUGCCUCGAGCUGCUCCUUGAGCCAUGAAACCAAUGUCGGACACUGAAUUAAUAGUUUUCCAAACCGCUUAUAGAUUUACAAGAGCUCUGUGUCGGUGUUUUUGCGUCUUUGCCAUGCCUGGACGUCUUUUCCUGGUCGCCGCCCUGCUGUCUUGUUGCGCAGGAGACGUCCAGAAGGUGAGUGCACCAGUGAAGAUCCUGACCUUUACUGGCCAAACGGUCAUCCUGCCCUGCCACAUCAAUGUCAAUAAUGGUGACUUCCCAACAGUGGAGUGGUUCCACAGAAGUACGGAUCAAAAGAUCGCCCUCGUGUACCGGCAGGGCUGUGAGACCUUUGCGGAGAAGGACCCGGCCUUCCACUUCAGGACAAACCUCUUCAUGAAUGAGCUGAAAAAUGGGAACAUCUCGUUGAGGCUUUCCAACGUGCAGCUCUCUGAUGCAGGAACAUUCAUAUGCAAGAUAAUCUGGAGUGCGCCCCAGGAGAUCGUUAGAAUAGAGCUUGUUGUUGCUGCAGUUUCGGAGCCAAAACUCUCAAUGGUUUUAGAUGCAGGUGAUGACGUGACUCUGCUGUGUGAGGCGAGCUGCUGGUCCCCGCAGCCUGAGAUAACAUUUGUUGAUGCCCAGGGACAGAACAUCAGUGCUGAAGACCCACAGAUUGAUGAAGAUUCCAGAACGCGGUGUUUCACAGCUACAAGGAGAGCGACUGUGCGGACUGCCAGCAGGGUCACCUGCAGAGUUCACCUGCCUGAAAUAAACGAGAUGAGGCACAAAGAGAUUCAUGUACCAGAUGGCUGCUUCAAGAGAACAGAGAGAGAGGGCACCUCCUGCACUGCAUUAAUUAUCAUCGCUGUUCUACUAACCACAGUUGUAACUGGAUCAAUCUCAUGUGCAUUAACUUCCCUCCUGUGGAAGAAAUGUGGCGACUCUGUGGGGAGAAGGAAAAUGCGGUUCUCACAGUCAUCACAACAGAGUUCAACACGCAGCAAUGCAGAUGGUCACAACACAAGAAACCAGGCUGAUCCCACUGGAAAUGCCACCACUGAGCACCUGAGAAGAAUCAGUGAACUGGAGUCGUCUCUUCGUGACAAAGAGGGAAUCAUCCGCCAACUAACUGAGGAACUCAAGGACCUUAGAUCUAUGCAGGGUCCUGUUGUGUGCCAGCAUGACCAACCUACGGUUGACAAAAAUCCCUCCAAAUCCUCACCAGACGUCUCAGAACCCACUAACCUACUCCCAGACCAGUUUCCCCACGACGACAAUCCAAAACCAGCAGCCUUAAUCAGUAGCAAAAAUCCAAAAUCUGUGAAUUUACCCCAGAACAAAGAUUCAAAACCUGGCGUCGCAAUGCGAAUUCCAGCAUCCGGCCUACCGAUCCAAAGAGGCAGUCACAGACACAGCAGUCCUGCCCUUUUGACACAUGGCAGUGCUACGUUGCCAAGUGCUUCUUCAGCCUUGCCUUCGGAGGAAACGCACGUUGUCCGUUCGAUGAGUAUGUCUGAGUCUCGGCCUCGUCAAAACAGUUCCAAGAUCCAGCGAAGAUACACCACCUCAGCCAUGUCUUAUAACCGCUUUAAGGUUCUGGCAAAUUUGCCAGAAGAUGAUUCAGAGCCGUUGCUGUGAAUGAGAACAAAGAAAAACUGUGAUCCGUUGUUUUUGCGAGCGUAAGAAACUAAAAUUUGAGGUGAUCGACUCACAGCUGUAAGUUGGAUAGGAGUUUGGGUGGUUUUUGUAAGAGAAAAAAGUGACAUUACAGAUGUUUACAAAACUCUUGAUACUGAUGAGUUGCUGCUCAUUCAUCAGAUCUGAAAAGUGCAGCACAUCCUGUGAACCAAAGACCUGCUAGUGUGUAUAGAUGGAUGUAGACGUUUAAAACAAACAGUCUCUGCACACUUAAAGUGAUUCAGGUUUCUGGUCUUCAAACCUUGUGUGAUCCUAGAUUGAGAUCUAAAUUUCAAGUUCCACAUCAGCGACAUAAUGAAACUAGAAAAGCACUCAGACUGCAGACCUCCGCCAAGUAGGCGAUAUUCCCUCCCCCUCUGCAUCAGAUUUUGCAGCCUGCAUCACAAUUAGGUUAUUUGCAUCACUAUCAUUAUUAGGUCAUAUAUGCCUUCACCAUGGAGGCACUGUGGUGUAUUUAUUUCGUUUUUAUUUUGUACCAACACAGAAUAUGGGUUUUUUGUAUUUUUCACUUUCUUUUUUUCCAACAUAGAACAUUAAUUUUAACUUUAGAAUUACAACAAUAUUUAGCAAGUAGAACAAGACGUGCUUUCCGGCCACCAGAUGGCGCUAUUUUCAUCGUCUUUUUAGAAAUUGGAAUUGCUGCUGAAGCUGUCAGAUGAUAGACUUUUUUAUUAUUUUAUCCACUUUGCUUCAACUGAUCACCACCAAUUUUAUCGUCUGUUCCUUGUCCCAUUAUCCACCUUUCCUUAAAAUUUCAUCAAAAUCCGUUCAUAACUUUCUGAGUUAUUUUGCAGACAAACAGACCAAUGCCGGUGAAAACAUAACCUCCUUGGCGGAGGUAAAGAUUAUUUUUCUACCUAAGAAACAGCUGAAGUACGACCAUUUAAAAAUCAGAAAGAUGCUAAUUCAUGCCUUUAUUUCAAUUUGACUCGAUUACUGUGAUGCACCUUUUACUGGGCUUCCAAAAAAAAAUACUGAGGGACUUCAGCUCAUUCACACCUCUGCAGCUGGCUAUGAACCAGAACCAAGAGGAGAGAGCACAACAGUCUAGGUUAAGCUGCUCUGCACAGACUUCCUGUAACAUUUAGAAGUCUGUCAUUCAGAGUCCUUAAUGAGCUAGGACCGAGCUACAUUGCUAACUUCCUUGUUAACUAUUUGCCUUCAAGAACACUGCGAUGAUCCAACCAAACUGCCAGUGUAAAUGUUGGGAUUGCAUGUUUCUGCAAACCAUUGAUACUUUUCACAUUGGUACGAUAUUAUUCAGUAGAUACAUUAAAACAUUAGCCUUCUUUACAUUUUCACAAUUCUGUGGUUAACGUGAUUAUGUUUAGGCAUAAAGACCACUUGGUGCUAAUAGGAAAAGAUCACGUUGUGGCUUGAAACACCCACAUUCGGUUACAUUAACGCCACUGGAAAUGCGGUCACAACUUGCCAAAAAAGCCCAUGUUUGGCGGUGCAAUCACAAAUGUCGCUGGAAAUGCACAGGGGU